UUUCGAUAAGCGGUCACACUGCAGACUAUCAAACCGUCGACUAUAUCGUCUGCAACGCGAGCGGGGGCAGGGAGGAGAGCGAUCACCGUCCUUAGCCAACUGAGGAUUCUGCAUUUGCGAGAGAACCAGAGACAAAACAGUAACAGUACCAGGUGCGAAGCGAGCAAUUGGCAUUGCAGUGCUGUGAUAGCCGUAUCCGUGAAUUAGUGCCGAACAGUGUAGCCCCGGACGAAAAUCCCACACCUGGGCAGUGAAAUGUUUAAGAGCCACUUCCAGGAACGCAGCGUAUAAACGGUUUCCGAGAACUGGCCACCAAUACAGAGCCAACAAGUGCCACGGCCAGCUAGGUGUUCUUGUGUGUGUGAGAGAGCGGCGUGUCGGUGUGCGCGUGUGUGAGAGCGAGAGAGAGACAGAAAGAGAGCAAAAGAGCUAAAGACAGAGAGAAAGAGUGAGAGAGCCAUCAAAAUAGAGUGAACCUUAACAGCAGCGGCUGUAGGGGAUUAGGAUAAGGACUAGGACUGGGGCCAGUACCAGAACCGGGCCAGGGACCAGAAACAUGGUGGCUCAGGUGCAGCUCGUUCUGCUCCUCAUGCUACUCGCCGGCUGCCGGGGUGGCGCUAACGCCAUCUUGGACCCUGGCUGGGUAAUUCCUUCCAAGGUGGAGCAGCUCAUCGGCGGCGACUUUAAUCUGAGCUGCACCCUCAACGAGGACUACUUCACCGGCAAGAGCGCGGAUGACUGCCCCGUGGAGAAGCUAUACUUUACCGGUGGCGGUCGCGUCUACCGCGAUGCCAAGCACAUCCGGAUCCUGAACAACACCACCAUCCUGUUCAGCGAUACGAAUGCCAUGGAACAGGAGAACGACUACCACUGCAUGUGCGACGAGUAUGUGAUCAACAAGUCAAAGGUCUACGUGGGCACCAGGCCGCUCUUGGUGCGCGACUUUAACUGCCUGGAUUACGACUUCCAGUUCAUGGUGUGCAACUUCACCCAGCCGCCCAACACGGUCAUCACCAAGUACAACAUCAGCUACAACACCAACAACGAUUGGCGGUACAGCAACACUCUGGACUGCAACUUCGACUCGGCGCCAGUGGUGACCUGCAAUCUUACCGACGACAACUACAAGCGCUUCAGCGAGACCUUCUACUUCCGACUGUCCAUCUCCAACGCCCUGGGCCACGAGACGCAACCGAUUACGAUCAACCACUUUGAGCGUCUGGUGCCGGCGCGACCUGGCCAGAACCUGACCCUGCUCAAUAGGACCGAGAGCUCCGUGUGCCUGUCGUGGGAGAUGCCCCGUCGGUCCAACUACAAUCGCGGCCUGGUCUGGCAGGUGCGCGUCACGCCGCAGAACUUCGAUCCGAUCACCCGACCCAGUUGGCGCAACCACACGCUGACUAUCAAGGAUACGCUCUGCCUUACGGAGCUGCCUUUCGCCGGUUACAACUAUACGCUGCGGGUGCGCGUGCGCGCCAACCAGAACAACACGCUCUGGAGCGAGCCCAUGAUCUAUGCGUUUGCCACCGCUCCGGCGCCGCCGCGUCGCCCGCCCCGCGUCACCUACGGCAGCUUCUAUGUCUACUCGUCGGAGAAGGCCAUGCGCUUCUAUUGGGAGCCGCUGGAGGAGCACGAGCUGAACGGGCCGGACUUUCGGUACUUCAUCAGCGAGUAUCGCAUCAACGGAACAGCCGUGGAUCCUGGCCUCAUCAAGGUGGAGUCCAACUCGGCGAUGAUCGACCACUGGAGCAUGAGUGCCGUCCACCACUUCCUCAUCCGCAGCAGCAACAGCCAGGGGUUGUCCGUGAACGCCACCCCGAUGACGAUCGGCCCCAUAAGCAAUCGGGACUUCAAGGUGCGCGAGCCCAGGAAUAUACGCAGCGUGUACCACCCGACCAACAAGAGCUACACGCUCAGCUGGGAUCCACCGAGCGAUCAGCUGGAACUGCAGAACUACACCGUGUUCUGGUGCGUGCCCAAGCCGGGCCUGCAGUCGGAGUGCGAGGGAUCGAUACGCUUCGCGGAGGUGGCCAGUGACCUGCAUCAGUUCACCACGUCACCGGACCAACUGCUCACCCUGCACAUGGCCGUGUCGGCUAACUACCAUACGCACAACACGGGCCUGCAUUGGGCGAUCUGCAGCAGCGACAAAAAGGACGAUCUGGCCAAGAUGGAGCCCUCGAUCGAUGUGGCCACCAGCACGUCGCUGACUGUUAGCUGGUCGGAGCGCGUCUGUGCGGUGAUCCUGGCCGGCUACAAUCUGACCUACUGCCAGCGCUCGGCCGGCCGUCCGGACAAUUGCACCACGGUGACCAUCGAUCGCUAUACCAACAAGCACGUCAUCCAGAACCUGGUGCCCUACACGGACUACAGCGUCAAGAUGCUGAUGUACUCGGACUCGCGGGUCAGCAAGUACAGCGACGAGCUGGUCAACCGCACCGGAGAGGCGGCGCCCAGUCAGCCGCGCGAGUUGCAGCUAGUCCGGGUGACCAGCGCCAGCGUGGAGCUCGCCUGGAAGCCACCGCUGCUGGCCAACGGCGUGGUGCGCGCCUACGAGGGUACCUUCCGCUCGCUCCACGACAACGUCACCGAGACAUUCCGCGUAAGUGCAUCCGCCGACGAGCUGGUGAACAAUGAGAAGCCCAUUAGCUACCGGCUGGGCAAUCUCACCGCGUUCACCCAGUACGAGGUCAGCGUGCGUGCGCGGACCGUCUAUCCCUCGGAGCCCAGCAAUGUGAUCCUCUUCAGCACGGCCAUCGGAGUUCCCUCACCGCCAAAACUGUACGUGAUUAACAACCCGGACCAGAGCUCACGUCUCGACUGGGAGCCGCCAAGGACGCUAGCGGGACGCAUUGAUUUCUACGAGAUCUCGCUGCGCGACAACAACGCCAGCUGCCUGACAAGCACCAUCCUGCCGGGUGGGAACCUCUCUUAUGUGAUGGCCACGCCGCGCUGCACCAACCACAAUCCCUUCCAGCUGGCGGUGCGUGCGAUCAACGUGGAGCAGCAUCCGCAGUUGGACGGAGCGGAUGCAGCGGAAGGUGCAGCUCUGCUUAUGUCGGCCACUAGCCAGGAAUGCAAGGUACACAUAAACGCACUUGGCGAAGAAGAGCGCCUGCAGUUCGAGGCCUACGCUACCAACAUGACCGCCUACCGGCUCUACAAAUCCGACUGGGGUAUCUACGGGUUCAUCUGCACACCGGACACACACAGCGUCAAAGCCAUGUACCAGACUAUCGAGGUGACCGUGGCUAUCCUGGUGCUGGGCGUCAUCUUCUACCUGGUGUACAAGAAGUACCGCAAGAUGUCCGAUAUCGAUCUUGUGCUGCCGCAGGGAAUCAUGGAGACGCUGAAGAAGCCCAUAGACAUGGGUGGCUUGGGCCUGGGUCUCGGACCAGACUCGUCCGUCAGCGGAGGCAUCGUCUGUACCCGCGUGGACAACUCGCCGCCAUACACGCCCCAGGAUCUGCCGCACGACUUCAGCAGCUGCGGCAGUGAGAGCUCCAAGUUGCUGCUGCGCACAGCGUCCUCCUCUGGUGGCGGCGGCUGCGUGGAUCGCGAUGGAUACGAUGACAACCACGAGACUGGGCCAAUAAGUGCAGUUGGUCCGCCCACCAGCUACCUGGCCAUGCGACACGGCCUUCUCGUGCAGAAUGACAGGGAGCGGGAGAGGGAGCGUGAGCAGGAUAGGGAGCGGGAGCAGCAACAGCAGCGCGGUAACGACAUGGAAAGGGAGCAGAGGAACACCAACGGUUACAUAAAGCCCACGCAGAUGAAAAGCUGGGGCGGCAAUGGUCCCUCAGAUAAUGGUCACACGUUUCCAGUUCCUUCGAAUGCAAUGCCCGCUCCGAUGUCCCAGCCGCUAUCGCAGAUUCCGCUUAGCGGUUAUGUGCCCGUUCCCAUUCCACAGUCUCGACUCAACCCGGCUCCAGUUCAACCCUUUGGGUCGCCACCAGUACCCUCUGCCGCCACCGCAGCCGCUGCGUCCACCUUCUUUCCCCCGGCCCACCUGCUCAACAUGGACAACUACGUGCAGGCCUCGGAUCUGCACAAGCUGAAGCCGCUCGUCGCAGCUCCGCUGUCGCAAGCCGGAGGGCCAGCCUUUGCGGGAUCUUCGCCAGCAGCUGCUCCACCGCUCCAGUUGGGGCCGUCGGUUGGGGCCACAAAUCCAGCUGCACCCACGCCCAAAAUGGCUGACAUCGGCUACACCACCAUGGAGCAGUUGCAGCGCGGUGGGUUGAUAAAGCCCCCUCUGGCCGCCACCGUGGGAUCGCCAACGCACACCGCUGGUGGGGCGCCGGGAGGCGGCAACCAGCACUCUCGCCUCCAGCCACAAAUCAAUGGCUACGUGACGCCCCAGGACCUGAACGCCCUGGCUCACAAUCGACACGUCCUCUAAGAUACCGGAGCGCUCAUCAUCCAUGCACGGAUGUGCAUCAUUUUAUCGUUCCCUCGCGUUCGCAUCGAUCAUUUAACUCAUCUCCAGCCGCAUACCCUUCCAACGCCAUGAUCUGGUCACCGGAUCGCCCCCGGAUCCAGGACUAGGAACCCAGAACCUGGAGCCUAUAAACUGGAACCUGGCAACUAGAACUACUAUCGGGCAGCUGUUUAUAGUAAUUAGUGGAAACUCUUCGGACGAAUGUAGUUUUCGUUUGUAAUUUAUUUUGUAUUCUUUGCGAUGCGUGUGAGGCAGAAAGUAUUUGUAACGCAAUAGUAUUUUUUUAUAUAUUCGUACUGUACACUUACCCACUUAACCAUCCACGCGUCUAGCAUAUCGAGCUUAUACUUUUAAUACCCUAUUUACACAAUACGCACAUCGCUGUAUUUCAACAUAAAGAUAAUUUUUUAAUAAGGUUUGA